AUGGUUAGAGAUAAUUUAUCAUCAUAUUCACCUAAAUCUGGGCCUAAACCUUCUAUGAGAAGUGGUAUAUGUACACGUUCCUCAACAAAUUUUUCAACUGAAGACAGUAACUCUUCCAGUAAACCUGUAAUUCGCUUAGUUCCUGAGGAGAAUCUCUUGAGACCUGAUCACGUUAUCAAACGAGAAAGUUCUGAUUCAGAUUCUGGGUCCCCAUCAACAAGUCCAUCCCCGCCAUUGAUUUCUGCAAGCUUAACUUCGGGAAAUUUUAAACAAAGUCAAAAUAUACCUACAAAUUCUUCCUCAAUCGGAUCACCAUUAUCUGGAACAGGAUCAACAACAACAUCUAAAAAUACUAAUCAAAAACAAUUGCUGAAUGAUGAUACCGCAGUAAUAAAAGAUAAAGCAGCCAUAAAAGUUGCCUUAAGACAAUUAGCUUCAAUAUCUUCACCUAAAACUUUAGAAGGAAUUUUAUUAAAAUGUAGAAAUCCAAAUUUAAGUAACUUAACAACUGCUAUUACUGGAAAUGUUCCUGCUACUACACCGCCACCAUCUACAUCAAGCUGCUGCGGGAGUAAUGCUGUACAUGUUGCGGGUUGUGUUGGUUCUGUUAGUGGCAACAUAGCUCCGAAAAAACCGGGUACAAGAACAUACGAUGGGAGUGGUAGUGUUUUGUGUGGAAUUGGCGCGGGAAAUGCUUCAAAACCAGGUGGAACGCGAUUAUAUGAAGUUAAUCGAUGCCCUUUAUGUUCAAGAAAUUAUCGUUCACAGGCAUUUUUAAAUGAACACAUGCAUUUAUUAAAAAGCAUGCAAUUGCGUUAUCCAUGUGGUAUUUGUGGCAAAAGUUAUUUGAGAAAAGCCCAUCUUAAAAGGCAUAUGCGCAAUGAGUGUAUCGGUGUUCCUCCGAAGUUUUGUUGCGAUAUAUGCCCCUCAAGAUACCGCCGUAAUGAAGAUCUAAAACGACAUUUAGCUAAAGUUCAUAAUAUUAAUUCUGUUAAGCGCUCAACAUAUUUUGAUAAAACAAUAAUGCCAUCAUUAUUUUAUCUUCCUUAUACGUAA